AUGACUGCAGGUGCAGUGAGGGUCACUGUCAACCGUGCCUCCAGUUCCGUUCCUUCACCAUCGUCAGGAUCACAAGUGCCGUCUGUCUUUGAUAACUUUACGAUUGGUGCCAUUCGUCGCUGUAUCCACAGAAAGUUUGCCGAAAAGGAGCAUUUUACUGUUGGUUCCUUGACAAAUGACCUCAAAACAGCUGGCAUUAUUCCGGAAAUGACAUCUUGGGCUUCAGUACUUCGACUCUUGCAUUCUAUGGGAUUAAAGUAUAAAACUUCCCAACGUAAGAUGUAUGUAAGGAAGGAAUCUCUGGAAAUUGUAUGCCGCCGGAUAACUGAUCUCCGUGAUCUACGACGCCAGCGAGAGGCUGGGAGAGUGGUCGUUUACGUAGAUGAAACCUGGUUCACGACGAGGAUGGCCCACAACAGGGAAUGGGCAGACACUACGCAGGAUAUCACCAGCCCCACUUACAGUCGUCAGGUUCCUCCUGGAGAAGGUGAGCGUUUUGUGGUGGUGGCAGCUGGCACGAAUGAGGGCUUUAUAGAUGGUUCAUACCUGUGCUACCUGGCCAAGACCAAUCAGGGAGACUACCAUGGCGAGAUGAAUGCAAAGUUGUUCAAACAGUGGCUAACGACGCAACUUCUGCCAUCCCUUCCCGAGCCAUCUGUACUUGUGCUUGAUAGCACACUGCUCGAGGAGAGCCGAUGCCCCACAUCAGCAACCAAAAGGCAUAUCUCGUCAGGUGGCUAGAACAGCGCAGGAUAUCGUUCCGACCUUCUGCCACACGCUCGGAGCUGUUGCUUAUUUGCCAAAAGAAUCGGCCGGAGCGAAGGUAUGAGAUUGACAACAACAUCCGUGAAUGGGGCCAUGAGGUUGUGCGUUUGCCCCCCGCUCACCCCGAGCUCAAUGCAAUUGAACAGGUGUGGGGGUUCAUGAAGAGACACGUACGUUCCUCCCUCCGUCGAUUUACUCGAUCCGACCUGCAGGACAGGUUGGAGGAAGCCAGGCUUUGUUACCCCAGAAGUGUGGGCAGGAGCAGUUCGACAAUCCCGUCAUUUCGAAGAGGAGUAUUAGGAGUCGGACAAUAUCCGAGAGACAGUAGAACCAGUCAUCAUUAGCCUGGCCAGUGACGAUGAGGACGGGGAAGAUGAUCUUUUCCUCGAGAGUGAUGAUGACUGCAUUUUGUAAAUAAAUCAUGAAUAGUUUUAGGAGUUUUAUUUGUACAUCUAAUGGGAAUUUAUAGAAGUAAAGUGAACAUAAUUCAUUUAUCCUUUAAAAUAAUUACCACAUGUAGCAAAACAAAUAGUAGUAAAGAUGAUAAUGCAAUGAAAGAUGAUAAUGCAAUGAA